AGUCGCGUUAUGACGAGUUUUGAAGAAUGAUGAAUAAUUAUAUCUUCAUCAGAGUCGUUGGGAAAGGGAGCUAUGGUGAGGUGAACCUGGUGAAACACAAAUCCGACCGAAAACAGUAUGUCAUAAAGAAGUUGAAUUUAACCACCUCUUCUAAGCGGGAGCGACGCGCUGCAGAGCAGGAGGCGCAGCUUCUGUCCCAGCUGCGACAUCCCAACAUUGUGACAUACAGGGAGUCUUGGGAAGGAGAUGACCGCCAACUGUACAUUGUGAUGGGUUUCUGUGAAGGUGGUGACCUCUAUCACAGACUUAAACAGCAGAAGGGGGAACUCUUACCUGAGAGACAGGUGGUGGAGUGGUUCGUCCAGAUCGCCAUGGCACUCCAGUACCUACAUGAGCGGAACAUUCUUCACCGGGACCUUAAAACACAGAACAUCUUCCUGACAAAAACCAAUAUCAUCAAAGUCGGGGACCUUGGCAUUGCACGAGUAUUGGAGAACCAGAAUGAUAUGGCUAGCACACUCAUAGGGACCCCUUACUACAUGAGUCCCGAGCUCUUCUCCAAUAAACCUUAUAACCACAAGUCAGAUGUAUGGGCCCUGGGUUGCUGUGUGUAUGAAAUGUCCACACUUAAACAUGCCUUCAACGCCAGGGACAUGAACUCACUGGUUUAUCGCAUUGUAGAAGGAAAGCUGCCACAGAUGCCCAGUAGAUAUGAUCCCCAGCUGGGAGAUUUGAUCAAGAGCAUGCUUUGUAAGAGACCUGAAGACAGGCCUGAUGUCAAACUUAUCCUCCGGCAGCCCUACAUCAAAAGACAAAUUGCCAUGUUCCUCGAGGCCACUAAAGAAAAAACUGCCAAGUCAAGAAAGAAAGCUGUGAGUGGCAGUGGUGAUUGUAGAGCCAACAAUGCCUCGUCUGUGGUGUCACCUCAGCCAAAACCCGAGAGGCUGCCUCCAAGUCCUCAGCCUGAACCUCUUGCCAGGGUGAAACGGAAAGAAGAGAAACCACAACAGCAUAAAGUUUGGAAUGGCGACACUGACUGUACUCCAGUCCAAACACCUCCACCACCCAAACCCUCUUCACCUGAUGCUCUCAAAUGCAGCCUUGCAUCCCUGGCAACUGUCAGCAACAUCAAUAUUGAUAUCCAACUACAGGAGGAUGAGGACCUGUUGCAGGUGCAGAGGCCCCAGUCAGUUGUGUCACACCACUGCGCAGGUAAUGAACAUGUGACUCACAGUGUGCACAAAGACAGCAAGGGAAGAGGGAAACCCGAUCCUUCUCCCCCUCCUUCUCCAGUUAAGCCCCCUCUGAAGGCUGUAUCAGGUGUUGGCAGUAGGGGAGGAGACGAGAGAAGGGCACCCAAUGGAUUGCUAGACAUUCAACCACAGGCCACGCCAAACCCAGGGGAUACAUUUUCUGUCUUAGGGGAGAAGCAGAUGUCAGAUGUGGAUGACAAGGAUGAUACCAUGGAGUUACUUCAAGAGGCUAACAUGCAGAACCCAAAGCCAGAAGAACAAAAAGUGGCUGCUUUUUCUGCCCCUGAGAGGAGAUCUGCAUACAAAUCUAAUAUAGAAAAUAUUGGAGUGGUUGUGGAAGUGAAUAUGGACAAUAAAAAUGACACUGUUACCCUUCUCAAGGGAGCGCCAAUACAACACCUAUAUACCUCAGACAUCCAAGAAGUCUUAGAAUCUACUGAAAAGCUGUUAGAGCCAGUCCCUCCAACGCAAGAGCCUGAUCAGGUGGAAACUUCGUUACCGCUCAGUAAGCCAGGUCUGAUCGCUCCAUGUCAAACUACCCCACAAUUUUCAUCAGAACCAUCUAUAUCACAGCAGAACAGAGCAAGGGACAUAAGAUGGACACAUGGGGAUCAGGACAAGUCCAAGUUGGCUCCUCCUAGACCUUUACCUCCACCUCCUAUUGAGAGCAGAGCAAUGGAGGGGAGGAAGAGGAACAGGAGGAGCACAGAGAGCAAGAAAACUGGCGUGGUUGCAACUUCCACAUCAGCUAGUUCCUGUAAAGAGGGAUUGUUACCACUGCCACAGGAUCGUCCUCUGUCUGCCAGAGAGAGAAGGAGACUGAGGCAGUCCCAAGAGAGUGCCAGUCAACCAGGUGUUGGUGCUGUAAGAAGGGCAUCUUAUGAUGUCACUUCCACCAAUGCUGAGCACUACAAUGUCCCAAUAACCAGAUCUGUUUCAGACUCUAUUGCUGGGGCCAACAGUACGCAGUAUAAGUUGCUGGAACGAAGGUCGGAUGACGAUGAAUGCAGCUCAUCCACGAGUUCCACAGAGCGUUCAGAGGGAGACUGCAGGGAGAGGAAGGCUGAAUCCAGUGACAUGCAGGAUUUAGUCCACAUGAUGACCCAAACUUUGAGAAUGGAUGUUGGAGAUGGUGUCAGCGAGGUGGACAAAGGCAGAUCUGGCUCUACUGCACUGCCAGAAUUUAAACUGAACAGGAAGUACAGGGACACCCUGGUGCUUCAUGGGAAGGCUCAAGAGGAAGCAGAGAACUUGUCACUUGGUGAAAUACCAAUAGGCUCAACAUCUGGUCCAGCCAAGAUAAGGAGAGCCAUAGAACACCUGAGAACAGAUGUGGUGAAGGGCCUGGGGGUCAAGCUGCUGGACAGAGUCCUGGAAAUCAUGGAGGAAGAGGAUGACACCAAGCGAGAACUGUGCCUUCGUGACCAGAUGGGGGAUGAGAAGUACCAAACUUAUGCUGUGAUGGUGAGGCAGCUGAAAUUCUUUGAGGAUAUUGCCUUCAAGGUUUAGGGAAGAACCAUGUAUAUAGGGGAUCAUAUACAUUUGCAUUUUCUUGACACUACUUGUGAGAAUUUAAACACAAGAGACAUUUUAACAGUUCUUGCCUAUCAGGAUACUUUGAAACUUGUACUAAAGUGAAAAUCAGUUGAUAUUGUUCAUGAAGAUAAAUUUGUCUCCUGUUAAAUACAACCUUGGUUGUGUGGCAUUGCCACCUUCCUCCUCCUGUUUGCAUGCAACUUGCAUCUCAUUUGAUUGCAGGUUUUGUCAUUGGAUUUCCAUGUGGAUCAUAUGGAAUGACAUGUAAAAUGACAUGUAAAUAUUGUUCAACUUAUUCCACUACAAACAGAAUUUGAAAUGAAUCCUGUAUUGUCCUAUGCAACGAUUUGUCAUGUUAUAGCACCAUGUCUUUCUACUUGCUGUACUGGAUACUCAUUUGUUUAUUUAUAAUGCAAGCCAGGAUUUCAAUAGUUGUCAAUAAUCUCACUCCUGCUGCUCUGUUGUAUUUUCUUAUACACAAAAUAAUGUAAUGUAGAUGCAUUGUAGAUAAUAACUUUUGAAUUAUUUCUAAUAAAUCCUAAAUGUAUUUUUGUUUGCACCUAUUUUACAUGAUGUUGAGGAGAAAAAAAGAAAUUCAUCUUUGCACCCAUAA